AUAUGACAAACAAAAAUGGAGCACGAAGGAAGGACUCCACAUACGAUAACCAUUCCGGUGAGUACGUAUACCCAGUUGCAACUCACCGCCACCGUGAGCGGCGUGAAUGUGGCACUGAGCAAGUUGGUCGCCGCCGAGGAGGGGAGCGUGGAGGGAAGAGUGCUGAGUAUUUUGUUGUCGCUGGAGAAGAAGUAUCGCUACAUCUAUGACACCUUUAAGAAGGAGAUGGAACUGCAGCGAAUAGCUGCCUCAACGCUGUGGGAACUCAUUCAGCGCUACAGAAUCGCCAUGGAUGUGGACGUGAGCUGCAAGUGCGCGCAGCUGUAUGCCGUGGAGCCGUCGGAGGAGAUCGUGCAGAAGUACUUCAUCCACUACCAGGUUAUCAUACGCUCCAACAAGAGCCAGUGGUGGGGCAUUGAGUCCAUGCGGUCGUAUGUCCUCACCUUCCGGCGCGAGUGCAGCAAACUGGAUCUCGAGGAGGAGACGCCCUUCAUUCUGGGCGAUGCCUUUCACAAGCCCAUCCGUUUCUUCAUCGAUCUGGUGGACGAUCUGUUCGAUUACUUCUUCAGCAUGCAUCUGAAGCUGGACUGCGCCGCACGGCAGCUGGAUCCCAUGGAUCUGGACAGUCUGGAGCACUACCAGCAGCUGCUGCAGCCCAACGAGGACUUUAAGGAGUAUUUCAUGUUCAAUCUCAGCUACUGCCAGUGUCUCCGCAUGCCGCCCAAGUGCCCGGAGACGCGUGUGUACACCUCCAUCAGCCACAAAUCAGCUGCCAAAAAGGAGGCCAUGGAGCAAGCAAAGCGUCUACGUUGUGACCAACGACUGUCCAGGAUGUCGGCCAGGUCCUGUCAGCCCAGAGACUCCAUGGAAACGCCAGAGACACCUGAACCCGUGGCAGACCCCGUCGCUGAGGCUGGCAAACUGCACUCCAUUCCGCUCAGCACGCAGUUCGAGGAUCAGCUAAUAAGCGAGCGCCACACUCGUCUGCUGGUCCAUCAAGUGCAAAAGGCUAUCGUCAGUCCUAGAGAUUGAUUUACUUAUACAAUUCCCAUUUAAAAAUGUUCACAUCAUCACCGCUACAAUCCUUAACUACAAGCCUCAAUGGGUAACAUCUUUCGGGGGCAAUAUAUAAACCCAUUUGCCUUGCACCUAAUCCGUUUUAUCAUUGCAAAAGACCA